AUGGUCGUCGACCCCUCCGGCGAGACGAUGGUCAUCAUUCUGCAACAGCAACAGGAACAGGGACAUAGUCUGAUGCACUACUCUAACAAUACUAUGUCCGGCCUGGGUGUCUCUAUGAUCCGCGCCGAGACCGGGCUCAAGGUGCCGCCGGGCAGCGUCGUGGUGUCCUGGGCGCCGUACUACGACCCCAAGAGCCCGGACGAGUAUUCUUUUGUGGCCAUUGAUCUCCUUGACCUGGUCUUCUUCCCGAGCGUGUGCGACUACGCGGACGGGACUGCGUGA